AUGUACACAUAUAUCUUCACGGCCGUGGUCGUGUCCAUGCUCUGGGCUUCGCAGGCGGUAGCCCACUUGACACUGGCCACGCCCGUCCCCUUUGGCACGCCCGACAACUCGCCCCUGAGCACAUCUGGCUCCAACUUUCCCUGCCAGAUCGUCGGGACCGCUGCCACUUUCUACGACCGCUCCUCAGCAACCAACAACACCAUGGCCGUGGGCGAGACGCAGACGCUCAGCUUCAAAGGCAGCGCGGUGCACGGUGGCGGCUCAUGCCAGCUGGCCGUCACGUCUGAGCAGCAGCCGACCUCAUCGACCACGUGGCAGGUGAUCCUCAGCAUCGAGGGCGGCUGUCCCACCACCGACGGCAACGGGCCCAGCACGUACGACUACUCGAUCCCGGACUCGAUCUCGCCCGGCGACUACGUCUUCGCCUGGACCUGGGUCAGCAAGGAGUCCGGCGCCCCCGAGUACUACAUGAACUGCGCGCCCAUCACGGUGACAGCGGCUUCGCCCGGCAAGCGGUCAGAGGUCAAGACUACGGUGGCCGCCCGAGACUCGUCGGCGCUGCCGAACCUGUUUGUGGCCAACCUCGACUCCAUCAACAGCUGCAAGACUACGACCGGCACCGACCCGCUCUUCCCCGACCCGGGCCCGAACGUGUCCAAGCCGAGCAAGAUGACGACCAACUACCAGUCGCCCGCGGGCACCAACUGUUUCCCGCUCGGCGCCACAGACAGCAGCAGCAGCUCGACCUCGGCCGCUUCUCCCUCUACCUCCGGCAGCUCAGCCACGGCAUCUGCUGUGACAGUUGCAGCUGACUCAUCGUCUUCCUCGACAUCGACCACCCUCUCGACCGCCGUGGUUGCUACCUCUUCUGCCAACGCUGCUGCUGCUACGACUGCCGCGACCGAGACGGCAACGACGACACCGGCUACUGCCGCUGCCGCAACCACCUCCUCCGUCUCUGCCUCAACACAGGCGUCUGGCAGCACCAACGGCACGCCGGCUGCCGGCAGCAGCCUCAGCGGCUCUUGCAUGUCCGAGGGCACCUUCAACUGUGUCGGGGGCAGCAAGUACCAGCAGUGUGCCAGCGGCUCGUGGACAGCAUUCCAGGCAAUGCCGGCCGGCACCAAGUGCCAGGACGGACAGAGCACGACGCUGUGGUCCCGCGACCGUAACAUGCGGCGCAUGCGGCGCGUGCGUCGCAACCUGUAA